AUGAGCAGCUUUUACGUUGCAUCCGGAGGUGAUGCUGAUGACAACACUUGGGGUCCAGGCGCAUGUACAUCUCUUCAUCAGUUACAUGGCCUAAAACGCCUUACGCUUUCUCAAGUCCUGGCGAAGAAGCGGCGCAAGGAAAAGAUCGUCAUGUGCACUGCUUACGACUUAUUUACUUCACGAGUUGCUGAUGAUGCCCUGGUGGAUAUCCAGCUCGUUGGCGAUUCUCUCGCAAAUGUUGUUUUAGGGGAACCUCGGACGACAGCAGUUGAUCUGGACACCAUGAUUUUGUUCGCGAAGCUCGUAGUAAAGGGUUCUCGGCGGUCCGUUAUAAUGUUUGACCUCCCUUACGGCACCUAUAACACUCCCGAAGAGGCCGUUGCGUCAACUGUAAAAGUAGUCCAAUCGACGGGAGGCACAGCAGAAGACGCAGAACGGCUUCUGCAGCAGGCGCUUGACCUACAGAAUGCCGGCGCUUCCCUGAUAGUACUUGAGAUGGUCUGCGCUGAAGCGGCUGAGCUAAUAUCGAAAACUCUUCGCAUCCCAACCAUAGGAAUUGGAGCAGGUAUCGGCUGUGACGGCCAGGUUUUGGUCAUCCACGACAUGUUGGGGCUAUGUGGCCCCGGAACAAAAGUAUUCAAAUUUGCAAAGAGAUAUGCAAACCUUUAUGAUGCUGCAGUCUCCGCUGUGGGAGCCUAUCGAGAUGAAGUGAUGGCAGGUUCCUUCCCCAAAACAUGCAAUUCAACUUUCAUGAAACCAGCAGAAAGCGAAAAACUGCUUGCCAGGCGCUCGGGUCGGGUGUCAGCGUGCGAUGCACCCAAGCUUUUACCUUCCGCAAAUGGGAUCACGAGUUUUCAUGCUUCUGGCACAGCGAUAGGAGGCUCUGAGAAAGUGGGCUCCUCAUCGGACCCUGGCGAGCCUGUUCAGACAGGUCCAUACAAAGUGUGUGUGUUUGGUGGUGGUCGCAUGGGGCAACUCUUUGCGUGGAUGAUGGCUGACGGAACCGUAGAAACCGACUGCAUGCCCACAGGAGCGGAAGAGGGGCGGCCAGUUAACGUGAUUUCGCGGAAGGAAGCGCAGAAUCUCACAUGUGCCUUUGACCUUGUUAUAAUUGCUUGUCUCUCCGGCGAUACUCAGGAUAUUGCGGAGUGCGCCUUCCAGGCUGCACGAACUGGAGGGAUUGUAGCUUCUGUGCAAAACGGACUAAAAGCCCCAAGAGUAUUGCGGUCACUCCAUGAUCGGCUGCUACUGUCUGGCGGCAAUUCUCCUCAUCUAGUGUUUAUGCCGACGUCCCUUGCUGCAGUUGAAGAGGAACCAUUGCGUGUUCGGAAGAUUGGUAAUGGCCACGUCAAGAUAUGCGGAUAUCUUCCGAGAGCAAGCCAAAAGGCUGAGGAACUCCAUGGAGUGCUCUUCGCCAGAGGCGUGUCGUGUGAAAUCGUACCACAUCAGCGACUGGACGAAAUUCUGUGGGAAAAAGCGGCAGUGAACUGCUUCAUAAACCCCUUGGCUGCUCUCCUAAACUGCACUAACGGGCAGCUCGUCGAUCCCAGGAUGGAACUUGCAAGGAAACUUGUGGUUUCGGAGGUCGUGGCAGUUGCUAGGGGAAAAGGGAUACCGCUGGCAUUUGCAUCUGCUUGUGCCGCCGCUGCCACUGUUGCCCGCGCGUCGAUGGACAACAUAUCGUCAACGUUGGGCCAGCUUCGCCAAGGCCGCCCAGUGGAGCUUGUCGAUAUAUCUGGAGAGGUGAUAAGGGAAGCAAAUGCAAUUGGCUUAAAAGCCCCAGUGAACAGGCUGCUUCUGGAGCUAGUAGGAGUGCUCGAAACGACCAAAGCACGCCGCCUGCCGGUACAGCGACAGCUUCUGGGGAAAUAG